AGAGAGAGAGAGAGAGAUUGUCAGAACGGUGUUACCGCUUUAAGGUGAGAGAAAGAUAGAGAGAGAAGAAGCUUGUUUCUUCAUUUAGAAAUUUUGACACAGAGAAGAAAGGAUGAUGAGUCUGAGAAGAGGAGGAGAAAGACAAGACUACUCGUCUGCAGCGUACAACGUUGUCCAUAAGCUGCCUCACGGUGACAGUCCUUACGUCCGAGCAAAACAUGUUCAGCUUGUGGAGAAGGAUGCAGAAGCAGCGAUAGAGCUGUUCUGGAAAGCGAUCAAGGCAAGAGACAGAGUGGACAGUGCGCUUAAAGACAUGGCCUUGCUUAUGAAACAACAGAACAGAGCUGAUGAAGCCAUUGAUGCUAUUCAUUCCUUUAGAUAUCUCUGUUCCAGACAAGCUCAGGAAUCACUCGACAAUGUCCUCAUCGAUCUCUACAAGAAGUGUGGGAGGAUAGAAGAGCAAGUUGAGCUGUUGAAGCAGAAGCUUUGGAUGAUAUACCAAGGAGAAGCGUUCAACGGGAAGCCGACUAAGACGGCGAGAUCUCACGGGAAGAAGUUUCAGGUCACGGUGGAGAAGGAGACAUCUAGGAUCUUGGGAAACUUGGGAUGGGCUUAUAUGCAGCUAAAGGACUAUACGGCGGCUGAAACCGUGUACCGUAAAGCUCAAGCUGUAGAGCCUGAUGCAAACAAGGCUUGUAAUCUGUGCACUUGUCUCAUCAAGCAAGGGAAGUUCGAUGAGGCGAGGACGAUACUCUUUCGUGAUGUGUUGCAUGAGAAGAAAGAGGGGUUUGAUGAUGAUUCGAGGUUGAAGGUUCGAGUUCAAGAGCUGCUGAGCGAGCUGGAGCCACGGGAACAAGAAGCAGAUGUUGUUGCUUCUGUGUCUGUGGAAUGUGAAGUUGGUAUGGAUGAGAUCGCGGUUGUGGAAGGGAUUGACGAGUUUAUGAAAGAAUGGAGGAGGCCUUCAAGGACAAGGAGACUUCCGAUUUUCGAAGAGAUCUUACCACUGAGAGAUCAACUGGCUUGUUGAUGAUUCUUUGUUGCUCUGGUCUUUUAGGAACUUUUCAUGUAGAAGAAAUGUAGUGAAUGUAAGUUUACUUCUUGUAAGCUGUUUUUGUAUCAUCUGUUAACUUGUUGUUCCAAUGACUCAUUCCAAAUACUUUGAACUACUUUCAUUAGA